AUGGUGUCCAAUCUUUUCACCAUCGCCACGGCUGUAGCCGGUUUCGCUCCUUUUGUGUCUGCUUUCGAUGCCCAGGCAAAAUCCAACGUGGCCGUCUAUUAUGGCCAAGGAUAUGCUCAACAACGUUUGAGCCAUUUCUGCCAGGAGACCUCGUUGGACAUUAUCAAUAUCGGGUUCAUCAAUACGUUCCCAGAUCAGGGCCCUGCUGGAUGGCCGGGUAGUAACUUCGGGAACCAAUGCGAUGGCCUGACUUACCAAGUUGGAGACGUUUCGACCAAAUUGCUCUCCGGCUGCCAUCAACUGGCCGAGGAUAUCCCUAUCUGUCAAGCGGCAGGAAAGAAAGUCCUUCUGUCCCUCGGUGGUGCCUCCCCCGAUACCUACGAGAUCCUCUCAGAGUCCUCCGCUACCUUUUUCGCCGACUUCCUCUGGGGCGCCUUUGGUCCGAAGAACGAAUCAUGGACGCUAAACAAUGGGCCUCGUCCCUUCGGAGAUGCGGUUGUUGAUGGAUUUGAUUUCGAUAUCGAGCACAAUGGUGAUUUCGGUUAUGCCACCAUGGUUGAUCGGUUUAGACAGCUCUACGCACUGGUCCCCGAGCGUACCUUUUACAUCUCCGCUGCCCCUCAAUGCUCAAUACCCGAUGCACACCUCAGUGAUGCAAUUGCCAGAUCUGCGUUCGACUUCGUUUGGGUGCAGUUCUACAACACUCCUGGCUGUGCCGCCAGUGACUUCGUUGAUGGUGUCAGCACGGGGUUCAAUUUUGAUAGGUGGGUAGAUGUCAUCCAGAGCGGGGGUAACCGAAAUGCAAAGCUCUACGUGGGAUUGCCUGCCAGUUCAACUGCCGCAGGUGCAAGCUUCUACCUCACCCCGGAGGAAGUCUAUCCUCUGGUGGAGACGUAUAUGGGUCUCUAUCCGGAUAUAUUUGGAGGCAUCAUGCUUUGGGAAGCAACAGCCUCAGACGAGAACCUGUUUGGUGAUGAGACCUAUGCCGACAUCAUGAAGGAUAUUCUCCUUGAACUUGAUCCUACACCGGAGCCUAGCCCUUCACCCUCCAGCAGUGCUGUUGCCUCGAGCACUCCUUUGACCACAAGCACUUCUUCGGUAUCAAGCACUCCUUUGACAACAAGCAUUCCCUCGGCAUCAAGCACUCCCGCCGCCACAAGCAGUUCGGUACUGUCGAGCGCUUCUGGAUCAAGCAGCGUAUCCGCAUCAGCCAGCACUGAGACUACCAGCUCGGUGGCUUCUAGCUCGGUCGUCACAUCCAGCUCCAGCUCUGCUAUCACGCCCAGCUCGAUGGCUUCCAGCUCGGUGACAUCCGGCUCCGCUAUCGUGUCCAGCUCGGCUGCGACUUCCAGCUCUGUGGUUCCCAGCUCGGUCAUCGUAUCCAGCUCCAGCUCUGCUGUCACUCCUAGCUCUGUGGCAUCCAGUUCCGUUGCGGCAUCCAGCUCCAGCUCCAGCUCCAGCUCCAGCUCCACUUUCGUAUCUAGCUCUGCUAUUGUGUCUAGCUCGGCUGCGACAUCCAGUUCUGUGGCUUCUAGCUCUGUUGUCGCAUCCAGCUCUAGCCUUGUGGCUUCCAGCUCUGUUGCUUCAAGCUCUGCCCUGGCUUCAAGCACCCCGGUGGCUUCGAGCGCUCCUGUGGUGUCGAGCACCCCCGCUGUACCAACCCCCCCAGCGGCAUCGAGUUCCUUUGUGGCUUCAAGCUCCCUUGUUGCAUCAAGCACCCCGAAGGUGUCGAGCAGUUCCUCUGCCUCAAGCUCGCCCGUGGUGCCAAGCUCCUCUAUUGCACCAAGCUCUCCUGUGGCAUCAAGCACUCUGGCGCUGUCAAGCAGCCCGUCUGUUUCAAGUAUCCCUAUCAUCUCAAACUCCACCGCAACGUCAAGCUCUGCUGUGGCACUGAGCUCCUCCGCAUCAAGCUCCGCUGUCCCGUCAAGCUCUCCUGCGACGCCAAGCACCCCGGUAGCUUCAGGCACUUCCACUCCUUCAAGCAGCCCUGUUCGUUCGACACCACCUGUUGCCACGGGAAAGACAUCCAGCGUCCCGGUCAUCUCAAAGUCGUCUUCUACAAUCGUUGCAACCAUCCCUAACGCUUCUGGGUCAUUGACAUCUUCCAGCGCCGUUGUCAGUUCUCCGCGUUCAUCGACCGCCCUGCCACAGCUGUCUAGUACAUUGUCGUUGUCGAGCUCACCUGUGGCCUCUGGUGAACCAGCCACAUCUAGUAUUGCUUUUAGCUCCAGCACAGCUGUCGCCUCCAGUCCGGUCUCUGGGGGUUCAACCCAGUCGAUUUCAAUCACCCCGACCAGCGCUACGACUCAGCCCAGUUCCUCAAUUCUCUCAGGAACCCCCAUUUUCUCGACCUCAGAAACGAUAACUUUGUCUGUGACUCCUUCCCCAAGUAAACAAGCUAUCUCCACCACAGCAAGCUCGGUCGCAACGUGGAGCACGGAUGUUUUGUCCAGUUCUCUUAUCACUUCCGGAGAACCCACGUCUUCGGUGGUGGUUGUACCGGUGACCUCGUCCAGCCUAUCAUACGUGUCAACCUCAUCGAGCCCGGCUGUUACCACUGCGAUCUCAGUUUCUUCUGAGGGUUCGUCCUCGGCUGUUACAUCGUUACCGUCGAUCUCGAAUACCGAGUCGUCUGGCUCAGCAUCAGGCCAGGCAGGAGCAUCAGCUACUUCCAAAUCGUCGGGUGGCUCGGAGACAUCCAGCACUUCAACUUCCUCUGACACCGCUACCCAAGGAUCCGGUGCUCAAGAAAGCUCAAAUCCUACAGGUCAUGCAAGCACCCUUUCCCCUUCGUACACGACACUUCAUAUUGGCACUUCAUCCAGCCAAACAGACAGCCCGACAACAGCACCGACAAGUAUCCCAGCGGGCAACGGAAGUGGAUCUGCUCCAGUCUCUUCCAGCAUCACGUCUGGGCAGGGGUCCCUGCAAGUCACAUCUACUGGUUCGGUCUCCGAGCCCGUCUCCACCACCACAGUCAUCGUGACUUCCUACAUUGACAUCUGCCCCGAAGGCUUCACCACGAUCACUACGAGCUAUACCUCAACGUACUGGCCCGCAACAGUCUCUGCAACUGCCACUGUCACCAAGCCUCCUGGAACUCCAGCGCAGCCCACUAUCCCCAGCGUCCCUGAGGGUUGGACCACGACCGUUACGGUCUGCACACACUGCGCUCCAACUCCGACCACUGUGACUCUUACUUUGCCGGGCACCUCGUCGUCUGAAUCCGCAUCUUCGACCGGAGCGCCGAAUGCUGGUGAAGGUUGGUCUACGACAGUCAGUGUCUGUACCGACUGUGGUCCUACACCGACCACUGUAACUCUUACUGUGCCUGUCACCAACCCGCCAUCUGGACUAGCCUCGACCACAUCGCCAAAUGCGGGCGAAGGCUGGACCACGACGGUCAGUGUCUGCACCGACUGUGGUCCGACACCGACCACUGUAACGCUUACUUUGCCGGUUACCAACCCGUCUGGUGUGGCGUCUUCCACCAAGGUGCCUAACUCCCCUGAAGGUUGGACUACGACCGUUAGUGUCUGCGCUGACUGUGGUCCUACGCCUACCACCGUAACCGUCACGGUCCCUGUCAGUCCUGCCGCGGGCACCAAGACUUCCUCGACCAAUCCUUCUGGCGUUCAGCCCGCUGGUGAAAGCGCACCAGGUCAAACUGCCCCUGCGGCCCUCGUAUCGACCGCUUCCACCACCAGCGCCACGGCAGUUGUGCCCCCGAGCCACUCGUCCUCCAGCCGGCCCGUGAUCCUUGGAACGGGCGGUGUCCGUGCCUCGUCGACCUUGCAUAUCCAGCCGUCCCAGAGCGGGUCCCGCGUGCCCGUAGCUCCCAGUGGUAUGCCUGAAGGCGUGUCGCCUGUGUUCACUGGGGCCGCUUCGCGGGGAUCUGAACUGCGCCAUGGAGCGGGUGCUGUGACUGCAUUUGCGCUAUUCCUCUUGGCUGCGAUGUAA